AUGUUGUGCCGGCCAUCAGUUUCAUAUGCUUUACAUACAGCUCAUAGUUUUUUUAGGAAUAUAUGGUUGCCAUCAGUCACGAUUCAUCACCAUCCGUUCCUACUUGCUGUCCCUUUUUGUCACUGUGAUAGGUGUACUGAAGUACCCAAGUCUCCAAUUUUUACAUCGAAUCGAAGUUCACUUAUCAACCCAUAUUUUGUUUAUAGGAGAAGUUCUAGUUCAGAUACUGAAUUAGUUCUUCCAUUAAGCUUUGGUGGUCAAAGUUUUAGGCAAUUUUGCACUUUAGAACCAGUUGCGUUGGAGGAAAUGUCACACACUAGAUGUAUUGAUGGUGUUGACAAGGUGUACAAAACAGUCUUAGAUAACUCGCAUCCUGAGCAUAAAAUGGAAUGGACUCUUGAUAAACUAGGCGUAGAACUGACAACACCUCUGGUGGUAGAGGUCUUACACAGACUUCAUUUCGAGGAGAAAUUGGCAUUUAGAUUCUUUAAUUGGGCAGGGCAUCAAGAACAUUAUAGUCAUGAGCCUCAGGCGUAUAAUGAGAUGAUUGACAUUCUAUCCAGUACAAAGUACAAGGUCAAGCAGUUCCGGAUUGUGUGUGAUCUGCUGGAUUAUAUGAAAAGGAACAACAAGAGUUCUGUUCCUAUUGAGGUAUUGUUGACCAUUUUGAGACAGUACACCGAAAAGCACUUGACACAUCUUCAAAAGUUCGCGAAGAAGAAAAAGAUAAGAGUGAAGACGCAACCGGAGAUUAAUGCAUUUAAUUUGUUGCUUGAUGCUAUGUGUAAGUGUAGUCUUGUUGAGGAUGCUGAAGCUAUGUUUAAGAGGGUGAUGCACAAGGUCAAACCAAAUGCUGACACAUACAAUAUUUUGUUUUUUGGAUGGUGCAGGGUCAGAAAUCCAGCAAGAUCAAUGAUUGUGCUUGAAGAUAUGAUGAAAAUGGGUCAUACUCCAGAUAAUUUUAUGUAUAAUACUGCCAUUGAUACCUUCUGCAAAUCAGCAAAAACUUAUGCUAUAAUGAUUGUGGCUCUUGCUCAGAAUGAUAGAAUGGAGGAAUGCUUCAAACUCUUAGUGGAUAUGAGAAGUAGUGGCUGCCUUCCAGACGUGUCAACAUACAAAGACCUGAUUGAAGGAAUGUGUUUGGUUGGAAAGAUUGAGGCAGCCUAUAGAGUUUUGGAUGAGAUGAGCAAGUCGGGUUACCCCCCCGAUGUUGUUACAUACAACUGUUUCCUAAAGGUUCUUUGUGAUAAUAAAGAUAGCAACGAAGCGAUUACGCUAUACAGGAAAAUGAUUGAGGUGAAUUGUGAGCCAAGUGUACAAACUUAUAAUAUGCUGAUUGUAAUGUUUUUUAAGAUGGGCGAUCCUGAUGGAGCGUUUGAGACCUGGCAGGAGAUGGAUAACAGGGGCUGUGCACGGGAUGUGGAUACUUACUGCGUGAUGGUUGAAGGACUUUUUGAUUCUGGUAAUGCCAAGGAAGCAAAUGUUCUUUUGGAAGAAGUUGUAAACAGGGGAAUGAAGUUUCCGUACAGAAAAUUUGAUGCAUUCUUGAUGCAGCUUUCUGCUAUUGGUGAUCUCCAUUCUAUUCAAAGACUAUCUGAGCACAUGAGGAAAUUCUAUAACCCUGCUAUGGCACGUCGUUUUGCUUUAAAUCAGAAGCGAAAAAGCAUGAGCUUAAGAGGAAAGUGA